UAUAACGGCAUCGACAACGGCCGAUCGCUUUAUAACCCUUUCAAUCUCCGUGUGCAAGCUGUUUCGGAUGAAAAUCGGAAUACAUUUUCUGGGCAUCCUUUCCGACAUCAUCACCACAAAUCGUGGCGAUGAAGAAGGCACUGGUGACCGCCGCCUUCCUGGGCCUCGUCUCCCUGCUCGUGAUUUCUGUUGAGAAAGGAGCGGAGAGCUCCCUGACAGGCUACCUGGGAAAGCUGGGAGACCCUUUUGUGAACACCGCCGUGCAAGAGGCUCUGCACAUGGUCGACAGCGCAAUUUUCAACACGGUGAAGAGGAGCUCCAGCAUUAAGAAGAGUCUGACCCCCGUAGAGCUCUUGGCUUUCUUUAAAAGGCCUGAGCGCGAGAGUCAGCAGAUCAACCGAGCGGCCGAAGUUAUGGAAACAACACUGCACCUCAUCAAACACAAGGUUCACCAGCGGCACAAGCGCUCCAUCAAUGCCACAGACCUGCUGUCAAUGGACGUGCUGCGGACAGUCGCCAGCCUCUCGGGCUGCCGGCCGCACCUGCAGACCCCCGCCUGCCCCAACACGUGCCUCGCCAGCAAAUACCGCAGCGUCACGGGCGCGUGCAACAACAGGUUCAACCCGCGCUGGGGCUCGACGAACGUGGCGCUGGCUCGCUGGCUCCCCGCGGAGUACGAAGACGGCUUCAGCGAGCCCAAGGGCUGGAACCCCGACCGCGCCUACAACGGCUUUCCUCUGCCCAUGGUGCGCACGGUCUCCAACGAGGUGAUGAGCACCCGCAGCGGGCAGCUCACGGACGACGAUGUCUUCUCGCACAUCAUCGUCGAGUGGGGGCAGUACGUCGACCACGACUUCGCGCUGACGCCCCAGAGCCUCAGCCAGACGGCGUUCAUGAGCGGCCUCAACUGCAAGGAAACGUGCGACAACCGCAACCCCUGCUUCCCCAUGAAGGUGCCGGCGAACGACCCCCGCGUGACGGACCGCGCCUGCCUGCCGUUCUUCCGCUCGUCGCCCGUGUGCGGCACGGGCGAGCAGAGCGCGUGGUUCGGCGCCGUGGGACCCCUGGCGCCGCGGCAGCAGAUCAACGCGCUCACCUCGUUCAUCGACGCCUCCACCGUGUACGGCAGCACGCCAGCGGCGGCGCGAGCCCUCCGCAACCUCGACGGCGACGAGGGCCUCAUGAAGACGAACGCGCGCUUCGACGACGGCGGCCGCGAGCUGCUGCCCUUCCAGACCAUGGGGCUGCCGACAGCGUGCGCGCAGGAUCCCGACGACCCGUUCGGCGAGCGCAUCGAGUGCUUCGCGGCAGGCGACAACCGCGCGAGCGAGGUGCUCACCCUCGCCUCCGUGCACACGCUGUGGGUGCGCGAGCACAACCGCCUGGCGCGGGCGCUGCGGCAGAUGAACCCGCACUGGAGCGGGGAGACGACUUACCAGGAGGCGCGCAAGAUCGUGGGCGCCCUGCACCAGAUAAUCACAAUGAGAGACUAUUUCCCCAAAAUCCUGGGCGAAGUGGCCUUCGAGGAGCAUAUUGGAUCCUUCAAGAGCUACAACCCGGGCACAAACCCCACGGUCUCCAACGUGUUCACCACGGCCGCUUACCGCUUCGGCCACGCCACCAUCUCGUCGCAAAUCCGCCGCCUCGACGAGAACUUCCAGGAGCACCCGCGGUUCUCCACCAUAGAUCUGCACGAGGCCUUCUUCUCGCCAUGGAGGAUCAUCAAGGAAGGAGGGUUGGACCCCCUUCUGCGGGGGCUGCUGGCGCGCCCGGCCAAGCUGUUCGUAGCCGACCAGAUGAUGACUGAGGAGCUGCGCGACCGGCUCUUUGAGCUCACGGACAAGGUGGCGCUUGACCUUGCGUCGCUCAACCUGCAGCGGGGUCGCGACCACGGCCUCCCAGGCUACAACGACUGGCGCCAAUUCUGUGGGCUGGCUCGCCUGGAGACGGCCGCCGACCUCUCCAGGGCCAUCUCGUCCCCCGACGUGGUGGCCAAGCUCAUGGAGCUCUACGGCCACCCCAACAACGUGGACGUUUGGCUCGGCGGGCUGGCCGAGGACCUGCUCCCGGACAGCCGGGUGGGGCCUCUCUUCGCCUGCCUCAUCGGGCGCCAGAUGAAGGCUCUGAGAGACGGGGACAGGUUCUGGUGGGAGAACCCGGGCGUGUUUACUCCCGCCCAGCGCACGGAGCUGAGCCGCCACUCGCUGUCGCGCGUCAUCUGCGACAACUCCGGCCUCACCGAGGUCCCCGUGGACGCCUUCAUCCUGGGCAGGUAUCCCGCCGACUUCGUCUCGUGCUCAAGCUUGCCGGCGCUCGACCUCCAAGCCUGGCAAGAGAGGCCGACAGUGGGGCGCUGCGGGGAGCCGCCCAGCAUCCAGAACGGAGGCUUCGUCCUGUGCGCCAGUGGUGGGGAGCCCCAGGUGUCGUACAUGUGUCACAGCGGCUACAGACUCACAGCCCCUGCCGACGUCACGUGCACCUUCCAGGGCUGGAGCAGCCCGCCGCCCACGUGUGACGACAUUGACGAGUGCGCCGACGAGACGAUGCCGCCGUGCCACGCCUCGGCCUCCUGCGUCAACACGGACGGCGGCUUCGAGUGCACGUGCACCGACCCCUACGUCCUGGCCGACGAUCGCAGGACCUGCAUCGACUCCGGCAACCUCUCGCUGGCGACGAUCGUGUCCAUCGUGCUGGGAUUUGUGAGCGCUGGCAGCCUCCUGUCCUUGAUUGCGAUCGGAAUUAAACAACUGAUGCAGAUGUCCAAGCUUCAAGGGCGCUCCUCCAACGUCGUGUCCGUUAAAGCCGCGGACAACGGCUCCUUCGUGAACGACAAAAACUUCACCCGCACGGGCUCCAAGAUGUCCCAUGACUCUGGCAUGGAGAAUGACGGAAGGGAGAGCAUCCCUGGCUCCGUUCCAGACCUGCCCGACGUCAUGUGACGUGGAUCCCAGCCUCUGCCGUCAUCGGGUUGCCCCAUCCCCACCAGAAGACCUGCGGAAAACGAGGGUGGACGGCCCUCAUUUUAACGAGCUUAACGGGCAACUCUCAUUGUUGAACGCGCGUGGCAUUCACGCUGCCCUAAGUUCUAUCAGCAACCUGUACGUUCACGGAGAAUAGGAGGCGAGAUGUUAACUACCUUGCCUGGUAUACAAGAGGUCUUGGGUGUGAUCCCGAAUCUGACGCCUGUGUAUUUGGAGUUCGCGUGUGUCUCUCUCUCUCCCCGCGGUCGCGUGGAUUUUGUCUCCGCGUCCUCCGGUUCCCCCCCCCCCCCCUCUUCCACGUUUAGAAUCGACGUGCGCUCAGAGUACGCGGCUGCUGCUACUUUGUGUGCGACGAACCUCCUCGUUGCGCCGAGGGGCAGUGCAGGUCCGAGUCAGUCGAGUCACAUGGUCUCCCUGCGGCAGUGAAAGUUUCCCUCGGUGACCCCUAAGUCAGCGGGGGGGGGGGGGGGGGGUAAAAAAAAAUAUAAUUCCACAUUCCUUUGACGAGGAGCAUUCUCUCCCCAUGGCGUAACAACGGUUGCCUAACAAAUCGUGUUGCCGAAAACUGCAUCGUUUGUCUUAAAAAAAAUACAUGCCAAAACCCCCCCAAAAAAAUCAUAAUUUGCAUUAUUUGUAAAUCACCGCGUACAACCGGUCAUAUGCCUCUGAAGCAUCUUCCGUGUGAUGAAGUCAAGGCGAUGAGAUGAUAGUUGUUCGUGAGAUUUGCCAAUUUCGAUGUAAAAUGUUGAAUCUAAUUAUUCUCAAAGCAAAAGUUUCCUCGAAGCAGCUGGAAGGUGGCUGGGGAGUGCGGUCAUGAGCUCAGUUAAUACUGGUAGGAACGAAGUGGACCAGACCACCAAUAGAUUAAUGUGUCCGUCCGUCCGUCCGUCCGUCCGUCCGUCCGUCCGUGGGAGGGGUGGUGUUGAGGGUGGUGUUGGAAAUGAAAGACUACGAGUCUUUAAAUCUCACAGCGUUUCUUGUCAAAACAAACACUUUUAAUUAACGUUACACUAGAAUGCAGUAAUUUUUUCUUUAACUCCUCUAUACCCGGUCGAUAUCUCUGUACCGGUACUAAGUAUUAUUCCUACCAGCCCACCCCGCAGGGUCCUGUUUCAAAUUACACCGAGGUUGUAAUCGGAUAUCGUGGUUUGGAUAUUAAAGGCCAGGCGUAAACAACGGAAUAAAUCCCUAAGAAGAGACGUGACCUCGGUUUUACAUUUUAUAAAAAUCAACCAAAGUGAAUCAGUUGCAAAGACUUAAUUGAGGCUAAUUAAUUAUACCAUUAUAGGUGAGUUGUGUAAAACUGGUGUGAUGAAAUUACUGAUAUUGGUUGAUGAAGUGAUGAGAAUGGUUGACAUUCUAAACAUUAUUUUAAAAAAACAAAUAGAGUUUCUUUCGACCGCAAGAAACAUGAGAAUAUGAACUGGAAUUCUUGACUCUCACCUGAGCUUCAUCCCAUUAAUGUCCAGAAAAAAACUCAAAAAUAUUCCACAUCUAUUCAUGAACGUGAGCAUUUUGUGUCGGACAAUGGAAACACAAAUGGUAUUCUUCUCCAGAAACUCCCAUCACCAAUUUGUGUAUGCUCGUUAAAAUAUAUAUUUUUUAGAAUUAUAAACGUUCUGCCAAUGGCUACAUUUUUUUAAUCCUUGCGCUCAAUUUAUUUUCUCAAAAUAUUUACUCCCCAAAACUAUUAGCGAUACAAUUCCUCCUGCAGAUUCUACCACGUAACAGAAUAACGAGUGAAACACAUUUGAUCUCAGUCUGUCAAGUUAAUAAUAAACAACAGUGAGUCAUAUAUUAAAAGGAAAAACAUUCAAAUCACGCGAAAUAAUCGGAAGGUGAAACAGGUGGCAGAGGUGGCCACAUGAGCUCAAGGACAGCUUGGUCAGAGCACGGGGCCAGUGCAGCAAACAUCGCGGAAUCCAGCAUGGACAGCCGCCUUGGAUUAACCUAUGUUAACAAGCUUCAGAACACGAAUCAGAAUCGUGAAUUAGACUAGAGGAAUCUGAUGAGAUAGGAAGUUCAAUAGGUCACAGAUGUCCGCUUAGCAAGUUGGUGGGCUCAGCCUGGUCGCCAAUCAUUUUGACUUUAAUUCCAUCGAGCCAAAUAUGAGGGCUAAUAUUUUUUAAACAUAUUGGAUAAUUGACAUGAGGUCAAUCACACUACAGAGAGCUGGAAGGACACCUCGUGUAAUGUUGGGUCAAAAAAUUGCUUCACGUCAGCGAUUUUGCUGAUCGACAGAUUUCCAUCAGGGACAUUGAAUCACCGUGUGUUACGACUCUCGGAACGCGAUUGGCAUUUAACUGAUUAUCCAAAUGCAAACAUUAUUAUUAUUAUUUUAAGAACAACCCUGGAUGUUUCGGAAAGUGAUUUCACACGCACAACACCAUGGGCAGUAAUAUCAGCAUGGAAUGGCCUCGGCCACUAUUGGUUUAAGGAUGGCUGAUGACAAUGUUGAUAAGAUAAUGCCCAGAGCAAAACAGCCGAAAUCAACCAAAUAGAUAUUUAUAUGAACGCUUCAUCAACCAGAACUCUUCCGCUGUGUUUGUUUAGAGCAUUCCUAUGGUGGUGCAGUGCCUCUCUAAAACAAAUACUCUUCUGGGGUGAUGAUCACAGCCUCGGUAGACACCUCGUUUUCUCUUGGAUCAGAGCAGGCACACCUCUUCUAAUACAAUCAUUUGUUCCACCAACAGAUAUUUGGUAAGGUAACAGGGAUGGUUGUUCAAAGACUAAGCAAAGUUCUGUCCUUGUAUUUGCUUUUAAAUCAAAAUGUUUACUUAAAACGACACUACUAUUUUUGGCAAAAGCGAUGUUAAAGAAGUGUGACUGAUUAGCUGAAGCUUCUUGAAAAUGUAACCUCGUAAGUACUUAAGUUUUCGAUUCAAACAAAUCUGAAAUUUAAACGCUUACAUGUUUGAUUGCCAAUUUGUUUCACAUUAAAUAUUGAUUUUGCAUAAUUUAUUACAUUUUACAGGCUUCAUGUUAAAUCAGUUGCUUUGCUUCUGCGCACAGACAUUUAUAGCUGUCGAUGAAAUGUAAUUAUGUAAUCGUUCAAUCGUGCAAAAACAUGCAAAACAUUAAUUGCAUUUUUUUUUCAAAGCACACGAAAGAACUUCAUAACAACGCCAGUCGUAACGAAUGUGCAGAUGUCAGCUCAAGCCUCCUGAAAGUCACGUGACUUGUGUGGCCACGCCCACUCUGGAUACAUCCUCUCUCCACUCCCCCUGUGAAAACCGACACCGCUCCUCCACGCAGCAGCGCUGAGGCCCUUUUAAAGAGCCUCUUCCUCCCCAUCCUCUUCUCUCUUCACCCCUUGGGUCACAUUUCUCAGUUCAUUUUUCCAUCUUGUUCCUCUUAUUUCUGUAUUAGACAACCUUCAUCAUAACCGACUUAUGUUUGGCAGUGGGUGGGAAAUAAAUCGUUUUGUAAGACCCCCCCCCC